AUGUACAACAAUUGUGUCAGCCUCUCCGUAUCCGAUUACCGACAGAAUGUGCUAAUCUUGCUGUCGAAGGCAGAUUACGAAGACUCGCAGGUUGGUGUGGAUUCAGUGAAUGUAACGUAGAGAAUGUUAGCAGGAUUACCGUACUCUGUCGCGUGAAAAAGAGAUGGCAGACCUGGAAGAUAGAAAGGUAAAAGUGCAAAUAGCUCUGUUCAAAGCAGGAUGCAACGCUAGAAAAGCAUGUGGCUCCUCGAAAGUCCUCCUAGAUAUCCUCGUUUUACUGCUAUUACCAAUUGUAUUACACUUCAGCCAACAUCCAUCCAAGCCGAAGUUCAUCGUCUACAGAUCAAAACCCAAGUCCCACAGACCGAAAUAGCCGUAUUUGUGAUGGGGAAAAAGCGUUGGAAUCAAUUGUUUUGCACUUCAAUCAUCACUGGCUGGACUUCAGACACCUCCAGUUUCGAGGACACAAUGGAAAAGAUAAUCUGA